CGGUAGUCCACACUGCUAACUCCCUGCACUGCUGCACUAACACACUGUCCACACAGCCCCUUUGGUCAGCCUGACUGGACAGUACCAAUACCAGCCGGACACCAUGAUGGUCUAGUUAUGACAAGGAGAUCAUUGCAGUUGAGUCUGGAGUCCCAGUGAAAUGGCACAAUAACCAACAGACAAACAGAUUUUCCUUAAGCUGUGGGAGAUAGAACUACACCGCACAACGCCAUCUUGCUUCGUUCAUGAUAGUUAAUCAUCGGAGCCUGCUAGAUUUCCCAUCAUUUUUACAUCUCCAAGUGUCUACAUAUUUAAUUCCAUUGAUUCUUGGAUUUUUUUAAAGUUCGUGUUACAUUUCCUGGAAUUACUCACUUCAGAAGGAAGUUGUUUUGUUAUAGUAUAUUUACCCAGAGACGUAGCGUGUUUAUGUACAAAUACGCAAUUGUGUGGGACCUUUAAUAUAUAGUUAUAAUCGUUUAUAUUUGUAUUCAUUUAAGAUUCAAUAUUCUUGUUAAGUAUAUUGAUGAGAAAGUACAAGAAAAAAUAUAUGUGAAUUUUUCGUGAUAAUAUUUUUUACGAAAUAUUUAAGAAAAAGACUUUGUAAUAUUUGUAACAAACAAAAUACAACCAACGUCUUUCAUAUAUACGGAGCAUCAUUUUCCGGGGAAUUCUCGGAGUUUCUAUGUAUUAGUUGAGUUUGUUAUGGCCAUGGUGAACACAAUGCUGAAUCUGUCAUCUGCUGUGAAGGACUCGAGGUGGCUCACACUUGAAGUCUGCCGGGAAUAUCAACGCAACAAAUGUUCGCGAACUGAAAACGAGUGCAAGUUCGCACACCCUCCGCCCCAUGUUGAAGUCCAAAAUGGUCGUGUGACGGCUUGCUUUGAUUCUAUAAAGGGUAAAUGUCAGAGAAAAGACCCUCCGUGUAAAUAUCUACAUCCUCCACAACACCUACGGGAACAGUUGUUACAGAAUGGCAGAAACAACCUGAUAUUACGUAAUCUUCAGAUGCAGGCUGCACAACAAGCAGCUCUGCAGCCCCUAAUGCCCAUCCAGACCAUGGUAAGUACUGCGAGCAGCAACAAGCCGACCGUGGCGGCAUAUCCCACAGUUGUACCAGGACAGUUCCCAAUUGUGGCACACCCAUACUUGGGAUCAAUACCAACGUCCGUGGCCUUCAACCCUUAUGCCACCAUAAACCAAGGGAAUGUACAGACAGUGGCAGUGCCCGGAGGAGGGGAUGCCACCAUGGUAACCAGCCCACUCCAAGGAGUCAUCCAAGCGAUUCCAUCCCAACAAAAGCUGGCAUCUUCCCGGCCGGAUAGAUUAGAGGUUUGUCGUGAGUAUCAGAGAGGUACAUGCACGCGACAACCUAGUGAGUGUCGCUAUGCACACCCUCCAGAUAAUGUAACAGUCGACACGUCCGAGAAUCAGGUCACUGUUUGUAUGGACUUUGUAAAAGGGAAGUGUACACGGGAUUCGUGUAAAUAUUUCCACCCACCUGCACACCUCCAGGCUCUCAUCAAAGCCACCCAACAACGAUCUAACACCACUGCCGCUCAAGCUCAAGCUCUGCCGCAAGUGGUUGAGGUCAUUCCAGGCAAGAAGCGACCUCGUGACCAUGCCGAUGACCUCGUUCUGCAGGGUGCUUUACCUGGGGUGAUACCAUACAAACGUGUAGCGGUUGCUGAUGGCAAAAGUGGAUUACCUAUGUAUCAUCCAGGUGCAAACUUCGCCUACCAACAGGCACUAACGGCCAUGCAGUUACAACAGCAAUAUGUGCCAGCUACCAGUUUUUAUGUUUCAGAUACAAAUAAAAGUGGCAUUCCAGUUCCUACCCAGAUAUCACAGUCAAGUCCCCUGCAGCCGACCUUGCAGAUACCCCAGCAACACCUAGUUCCAGUAACACCAGUGCCAUUGGUUGUCUCCCCUGAAGCCGCUGCAUCCACAGCUAUGGUGACGGCACCAAUUGGCGUACCAUCUAAUAACGCCUAUACCGUAAAUUACUUUGACAGCAACCAACAGUUGCUGGACACCCUCCCAGUUUGCCGAGAUUUUAAAUUGGGCCGGUGUAACAGGCCUGAAUGCAAGAGUGUGCAUAUAACAGAGGAUUAUGUUGAAGUGAAGGAUGGACGAGCGGCCGUAUGUCGAGAUGCAGUCCGUGGAAAGUGUACACGUGCGAUGUGUAAAUACUACCACAUCCCCAUACCACUUCCUCCUUCCAAGUAACCAGGCCCACAAUGCAUUAUGAUUCUUUUUCAUUUAGUUGCCAUGACAACCAAGAGAAACUAAGUGGGUCAGUGAGCUCUCAAUAUAUUUGAGUUGUUUUUAGUACAAAUCGAUUUUAAGUGUUUGUAUUCCACAAGUUUUACAAGGAUUAUCAUGUAGGUGUGAGUGAAGUCGCGGGGACGAUUUAUACUGAAAUAAUUACAGUGAUCUUGAAAUCGUGGACUUUGACCUCGUAUUCUUCCUUGCCAAUGGAUUUUUCUACAAAUGAUUUCUGCCCAAGGAAUCAUGGUGCUAUGGAAAUGAAUCCGUGAAAGGAAUCCGGUGAUGAACUUUUCUCUGACUUUGAUAAUAACCUUGACCUGUGCAUAAGAUAUGAAGAAAUCAUAGUAAUGUGAUUGUACAAGGCCUGUUGUCAACUUAAUCAACGACAACUCCAAGGAGUUAAGUGGCAAGAUUAGACUUGCAGCAAAGGAGACAAAAAGUCAUCGUUAAAAGGAUAAUGCAUUUUUUUUCUAGAUUUCAGAAAUUUCAAUUUUAUUUACAUUUAAGUGAUAAAUUAUAUGACAAAAGAGAAACAGGUUUUACUUAAAAAAGAUAUUCUCCACAAUAUUGAAUAUUGCUCAAAUUUAUUUUGUUUUUUAAUCCUUUUCAUCAAAGACAAAUCCUAAUGAUAAAGAUUGUUUUAUGAUAACAUAAAUCAGUUAAAAAUAACCCUAGUUGCUAGGCGAUAAAGUAACCUUGAUAAAACUACGCAAAAUAUUUUUUAGCCUAAUUUUAAUUUUUGAAAUUUGGGCAUUAGUAACGGAUUGAUUUGUGUUUUUUUUCAAAUCCUUGCUUAGCCUGUCACUUCCUUGCUGUUUUCCCCCUUAAUGCUAUAUCCAAUAUGGCCACCCGGAGUGAAGCCCUGCUAGCCUUUAAGAGUUUUUAGUAGCUAUGAUUUUGAAGUGGUUUUUCUGUAUCUAUGGAGAUGCACAUUGUGCACACGACAAGAGAAUACUUUGUUUGAUAUGUAUAAAUUUCAUGUUUUACACUUACAUGCAUGACUGAGAGGAACAGUGGGGAGUUGUGACGCAUUGUAACAGCAGAGUUAUGUCCCUUGAUCACUUCAACAUGGUACUCGGUAAACCUUAUGUGUAGAUAGGGGAUGGUUCUAUGUUUUUGUCACUAUAGUAAUUUUUUUUUUCAUUGUCGUUUGGCCUAAAAUCCAGAUUGCCUCUAAAAGGUAGAUACUACAAGGUUAGUUAUUGGUCCAGUUUAGUGGACACUAUGCUCUGGAUGUCAUGGUCGGUCAAUACAUUGUUUAAUUGGCAAUACCUGUCCCAUCAGAGCACUUUAAUGGAGGUAAAUGUAGGAUGAAUGCCACAUAAAGCAAAAAGUAUUGAGUUUUUGAACAAGAAAGACCGUCCCCUUUCUACACAAAAACCUGUGUACUUGAUGACAUGUUUGUUAUGACUGUAAUUUUUUAGUUAAAGAUACUGUUGUAAAUUAUAUAUUUUGAUGAAAAAGGUGCAAUUUCUUCUACAAGGUGCACACUAAACUAAUUUGUUAUAAUGAACAAUUGUUUGUUUGUUUUUUCGUUUUUUUUCUUUGUAUUUUUUUUUCAAAACUGUGCCAUAAAGUUUUCUCUGCUGAUGAUGGUAGGGAACCAGUAUGUAUGCCCUUCUGUGCUGAAGGUAACCAACACUGUUCCAUUGUAACUGUUUUAACUAUUUGAAGAUUUGUAUGUAUAAAAAGACCUGAUCGAAGGUCACGUGUUCCAAGCAUUUAUUGUUCAUAUUCUAAAUUAAAUCAUUGUUAGUGAUUGUUGACCGACUUUUAAAACCUAUGUUUGAUUAACCAAUGGUUAAAUACAUAUACUAUAUUAAAAUAAGGUCGCUGAAUGAGAACAUGUCACAAAUUCUAUGUUACAAAACCUUAGUGUUGACAAAACCAAUCACAAUCAUGACUGGACAAAGGCUUUUUGUUCAUACAAUUUCUUACCUGUAUAAUAUUUUUCUUAUAUAUUAGAGUAUCAUUAUCGGUGGUAGUUACAUAAGUAGUAUUUAACCCUUCUUCCCCACUUAAGUAAUGGUACAGCCCUUUGGACCCAGCACCUUUAUCAGAACCCCUGUCCCACUAAUGGGGAACAUCCAAAAAAGGUAAGUUGGCGUCAAACAGGGCCACCAUUCUGGACUUUGUUUUUGAGAGACAAACAAUGUAGCCUUAACUGUUAUAUGUAUGUGAUUUUGAACUAGACAUGUUGUUACGACCAUUUUGAUUGGUCAUUUAAGCAUGCCAUAUGACUGAUUAUAUCCAAUUAGCACAAAUGUCAUUUUUUUGGUGGAUUAUCAUACCAUACUUGGAGUGAGAUGUGUGUUUGGGGGAUCGGAGGAUGUUAAGAGGACUGUUAUAGAAUUUGUGUAUAUAUAUUUUACAUGUCUCAAAUUGAAGAAAAAAACCAAAUAUGUUUACUUCAUCUGUUUGAAUGUCUACAUAUCACAUGUCAUGUGCCGAGUUGUUGCCCGCAUCGGGGAAUGAUUUCGGUUGAGAAAGCCAGACCUUUAAAACAGGUGAUGGGAAAGGUCAUACACAGAGUUCAAAAAUAUUGGGGAAAGGUGUCUGCAUUAACACAGUGUUCCAAAUUCUAGCUACAAAACAAUCUUUAUACCAGGUGCAUUGUACUUUUUAACAACUGGAUAUUCUACAUUUAAUUUUAAUAAAUAACCUUCUUUUUACCUAGUUGUACCUAUUCCAUUCUUCACUUUCAUUAGUAUCAUUGAAUAUAACAACUAAACGCACUUUGACCUUUCCCAUUCGGUUAUAGGUUUCCAUCUGCUGGUAGCAUUGAAAAUAUUAAACCCAUCAUUUCUUCCAAAAUGUGAUUAAAUUCAAUAAUUAAAUAUGCAAGAAAGACUAUUUUUUCCAACAAAUUUUUCAAAUUUUUGAGAAUUAAAUUCUCGCCAUUUGGGCUAUUUUGAUCUCUUUUAUUUUUCGUUUCUUUUACUCAGUGGAUUUUGAUAUGCGAUUUGUAUUUUCUCAUUUCGUUCUAUAUAUAUUGUUUGAUAGUCUAUGACAUAGCAUAAUAGCGUAUUCGGCUCGUCCCGUUCCACUGCUACGCACGGUUUAUAAUGUUGCAGCCACAGUACAAUAAAAAUGUCAGAUUUAUCCAGUCAGUUCUGCUGUCAUUCUCUUCAAUAUGUUCUUUUUUAUUGGAAAAGACUUUUUCAGGAGAUAUGUUUUGGUUAAUUGGUUUUGUUUCAGGAUUUGUCUCUCUUGUUAACUAAAUUCAGUGUCAGCAGCGAUGUCUGCGUAGGCAGUGUUUUUAUCAAAGGCACCCAAGCCCAUGAGCGGCGUGUUCAUAACUUCAUUUUAAUCAGUGUGGUUUUGUGAUAUCUUGAUAUGUAUAUUACAAGCCCUAUUUUAUCUGUACAAUAUUAGGUAACUUAACAGUACUGGGGUGAACUGUGGAUUCAUUGUCUUUAUAUGUUGUUUUGUAGUACUUCUGCCCAAACGUGCAUAUACUUGUGAUAUUUCCUUAUAAAUGCCAGCAAACUGUUUAACAUUGCCCUCAACACUUCUUUAAAUAUCUAGACAAUAGGAUAUCACUUUUAAUGUAAUUAUCUUAAUUUUUUUUUAAUGAAAGAGUCAAACUCUUGUGAUCGUUCAUGUGUUGUAACCAUGUUGGUAAAUUAUGGCCCCUGUUGCCAAGGUUACAGAUGAUGCUAUUCUGAAAUGUGGUUUAUUGUUGGAAAUUUUGGAAUAACUUAAUGGUUUAGUUAAAUGACUGUUGCCAGAGAAGCAAUUUCGUUUUCCAAAGCAGCCAGUGUUAGAUACUAGGUCAUGUCAGUGUUGUUCUGUGGCGGGACAGAUUCCUUGGUAAAAGUACUGAUGUAGGUUGUACAAUAUAGUACUAAGUGGGAGUUAUAACGAGUAGAAGUUUUAGACAUCGGGUAGAGUAUAGCUUUGUGGCAUGACAAGUGCUACAGAGGAGGUAGGUUGUAGUUUCGUAAGGAGAAGAUAAACCCUGCAGUUAACAUGUGAAAGUGCCAUUUCAAUUGAAGUGAUUUUAACUUUGUAAUCUUAGUCACUUCUCAAAUCGUUUCCAUGUCACCCAAUCACUUAUUGCUGUGUUCGUUAGGAUAUAAAAAAAUUGUUUAACAAAUGGACUUCCUUUUUUGCAAAUUCUCUUUUAAAGCUGGAUCCAGCUUUUGCUGUAGAUUGAUAUCCAGCCAAGAAAUGAAUUGUGUUCAUUUUAAGAAAUCCAGUCAAUAAUAGUGGUUUUUAACCACUGACUAUGUUACAUUGAAAAUUAAAAGUCAUUGUAGUGCCAUAUAUUAGUACUAACAAAUCAAUUUGCAGUUAAAUUUGCUUUUGUAAAAAGUUGUUUCUGUUAUACAGAGAGUGCCACUUCCAUUACACAAAAUUAGCUACAAAAAUUAUCACAAAGUCAGUUGGAAGUGCUGCCUGUUAACAUAUUGCUUGAAAUCCAUUUUGCCAUAUAAACUUAUACUGGUUCUUUGUGGUAUAAGAAUAGACGCCAUAUUUUAAGUGCUAAAAGAUUAUAUUAUAUGUGUGUGUAUGUAUGUGUAUGAUUCAAACUGACAUUUGUGUGGUUGACCUUUGGGCAGAAGUUACUAUGAACUUUAAGAUUAUUAAAACAUGUUACAUGUAGUUGAUGAAUUUUGUAUAACAUAGUAUGUAUUGCUUGUGGUUUUAUGUCAUAGGGCUGUGAUGAGAGAGUUUAAACUCCAAAGAGCCUUUGUGUCAGGCACAGUGAUUGGCCCAACACUUAACCAGUUUUUUGUGUCGGGCACAGCGAUUGCUUCAACACAUUACCAGUUUAUGUGUCGGGCACAGCAAUUGGUUAUCAUAUAACCAGUUUUUGUGUCAGGCAUGGCAAUUGGUCCAACAUGUAACCAGUUUUUGUGUUGGAUUCAGCAAUUGAUCCUUACUGUUUUUGUGUCAUGCACAGUGAUUGGGUCAUUACACAAACCAAACACUUCUCAUGUCAGACACAAGGAUUGGUUAAUCACAGUAACCAAUCUUUAUGUCAGACACAGUGGUUUGUCCAUCACACAAAACCCAAACAGUCUUUGUGUCAAACACAACGAUUGGUCCAUCACAUAGUCACAUAUUCUGUUGUAUUGUUGUAGUUUAUAUGGUGACAAGUUACUGUGUGUGAAAUGGUUGAUGUCCUUUGACAAAAAAGAAACAUUUUUUAUUGAUUAUAUAUCAUUUACUUUUGGAAUGGUUCGAAUCAUUAAUGAUAAUAUUGUAUUAGAUAUGUUAUUAGUUAAAGCGUUCAGUUUAAAGUAUAGAUAUUGAGCUGUGGCAAACAUCUGAUGUAGCCACAGCUUUUUAGUCAGAAUGGUAUCGGAGUCACAAAGGAGUACAAUAAAGAUCCUGUUACUAUAUAUAGACUGUUACGGUAGAAGUAGAUCCUGUUUAUGUUAUGUCCAUGGGGAGGGCGAGAUAUAUCUUAAUUGUACGAUGAAUGUGUUGAACGGUAACGGUGUCAUGUGUGAUAACAUGUGACUGAUCAUUUAUGAGCGAUGCACACAACCAUGUGCACGGUUCCUGGUGGUGACAGGGAGGUGUGACACCCAUUUUUCGCUUUGUAAGCUUUUGUGUGAGCUGUUAAUUACUUAACCAAAGGGGUUGUGUAACAACCCCUAGCAAAGUGCCCAAAAUGCCAUAUGCGGAUUGCAGAGUUUAAAACAGCUGAUUUCUUAACUAUAAUCUAGUACAAUAAGUGUGUGUCACGCUUUUAAACUUUUUUGGUUUAUAUUACAAAUCUUAGUUUUAUAUUGAUGCUUUUUAUCUGUAAAUUACCGAUAUUCCAAUGUAUUAAUAGUGAUUCAUAGAAGGACUAAAGUCAAUUUUCCAAGUUAUAGAUGAAGAAGUAUUUCUUAAUGUUUUAUUUUUUUUUUAAUUAUUUUGUUUUUAUUUUAUUUUGUAUUAAAUUCGUAGUUCUAGAAGUAUUGAAUAUUUCAAAGAAACAAGAUGACCAUAUUGCGUGACACAGACUUUUUAUAUAGGAUUGUAGCUAUUAGAAUUAACAUUUUUAAAGGCUGGACUCGCAGUAGGUUUAUUUUGAAAGCGGUUAAAAACUGCAUCAGCGAGGUCAUGAGUGUUUAAGAUCAGAUAUAUGAAAGAAAAGAAUGUUAAAAUGAAUGAUUGGAAAUAUUGAUUUACUGAAAUUGAUGGAUUUUUUUUAAGUUCCUGCUGAGAAGUGAUGGAAUCAUUAACAAAAUGAUUGGUAAACAUUGUAACUUUGGGGUUUUAUUGUAUUGAUAUAUAUUAUUUUUUCAUUUCUGUGUUUAAUAUUGAUAUAAAUUGUCAAAAAAAAAAAAACGGUAUGGUUAGUUUUCAACUGUUGUAAAUUUUUCAUUAGUAAUUAUGGUUUCAAUGCCAUACUCUCCGGUGAAGGUCUUAUAGGUAACAGAGACUAGCAGAUUCGUUUUAUAGAAUUAUAUACAUUCAAUGUAGAUUUUCAAUGGUUUAAAUGACCUUACACUGAAAUCACCUCCUAUAUAUCUUUAUAGUAGAUUUGCUUGAGCUUUUCGCCAGACGACAUUGUAAAGUCGUCCUACCAUGCUUAUAUUUGUGUCAUGUCUGCCUCCGCUUCUGACUCUUUAAGAGAUGCCCAAUAAACACCGAACUCGGAGUAUAAUCCAAUAUACAUAAUUGUAAAACAAAUGUGUUGUGCUUUUUUGUCCUUGCAUGAUCUCACUUCUCCUUGACCUUUCAACUUUCAAUCUGGCCUUGACCUUUAAAUAUAGGGUUGAGAUCACAUGUUUUACACACAUUCUGCCAGCCAUAUGUGUAUGUAUUGACACAAGCAUUUAGAGAUGGGAGUCAUAUUCACAUUAGAUUGGCUGUAUGGUGAUGCGUGUGUGUCAAGGUCAACAAAUUGACUUUUAAUCUUUAUAAUCAAGCAUCUUGCCAUUGAUAUGAAGGAGUUAAACUACAUCUUUCUACAAGGAACCGUCCAAAAUAUAUCACACUUUUCUCAUGAGUAAAGAAUUUAUGUGCAACUUGUGUUAUUAGACAUUCUAAAAUUAUAUAACUUAGCUUUUCGGAAACCAUUCUGCAGCUGUAUCAUGGCUUUAAUUAUUACUGGGCGUGGCUAGAGCCCUUUAUUUAAUAUGAUUGGCCAAUACGCAUUUUCUUCUACAUUCUAAAAUAAGACAACUUUAGGAACAUUGUAACAUGUUUAUUGUUCUGUGAACUUUUGGAACUUACUCCCUCGGAUAUUUCCUCUCUUAUGAAUUCUUACACUUUUCUUAAUCAGAUUCCUAAUCAAACUACAUUGGCUCAUAUUAAUAUGUUUUAGAUAAGUAAAUACAAGCAUGUUCUAAAAUGUGUUUCUCUUGAAUAGUUUCAUGUACACAUAGGUUAAUGUCAAAGUUUGACUAACAUUAUAAAACAACUGAAUAUCAUUUCCCUUGGCAGGAAAGUAAAUCUGAGCAGAUGAACAAUAUUCCAUAUAAGGAAAAACAGUAGGUGCGGUAACCAUGGUGCUGUUAAAGGUCAAGGACAAUUUAGUUAUAGUAUGGCACGGAGUUAAUCAGAUUGACGAACUGUGCAUCAUUUCUGUUUCCAAACAAUAUGUCUUAUAUACUGUAUUGUAUACUUAGGUGCUAACCACGUAAUAACAACCGAGCCAAGCUCCCCAUCAUUGUAAAGGCGUUUCUGUCAUCAUUUUGUCUGUAGUAUUGUGUCAAGUAAAUGGAAGAUUUAUAGAAAUUUAGUAUAAAUGUAUUAUCUGUCUUUCUUAUAAACACCUAUAACAGUUAUUUUACAAUAAAUAUGAGAUCGGAUUCCGUUAACAAGUUUGAAACUUAUAUUAAUCCGUUUCUGAAUACUUAAAAGACUUAUAACAAAUACCAUAAAACACUAUAAUACGAUUCAGUGGAGUACACAGGCCAAGAGGUCACAAUGAGCGGAACAUGGAAGGUCUGUUAUGAGCCUGACUAGGAAUCACAGCGUUAUGACUAGUGCUUGUUAGCUCCAAGCAUCUUGUCAAAUUGUCUCAGUUAUAUCGCAUAAUACUUCUAAAUGCAUUUAUUUUUUUCUCAAGCCUUACUGCAAGUACUUAGAAUCUUAAAAAGAUUCCCAUCAAUCGCAAACAUUUUUCAUCAUCGCCCGAAUUCUUAUAGCAUUUACAUUUUGCAUAUAAUCAGAUACUUGUGGUGUUUCAUGUUUAACUAUUGGUCGUGCGCUAUGAUUCCUACAGGUAGUCUAAAAACGCAAUUUCUUCUGAUUCUGGUGGAUUUCAUUUUAAAUUCAAAACAGUCUUGUUUCAUGUAAAAAUUUGAAAUCAAUAUGUAUUUUUUGUCACUUGAAACGUGAAAAAAAAAUUGUAUCAUUUGGAAGAAAUGAAAUGAUCAGAAACAGAAGGAAGCACAAAAACAAAACUCCAGCAAAGCACAAAAUCAGAACAGUCAAGAGGGGCUCAUGUUUUACAACAUAGGUCUCACUUUUAUCAUCAAACAUGAAUUGCACUGGUACAGAAACCUUAUUUAUCAUGAAUGUGACUUCUUCAUUUCCCAGUAGCUAAGUCUAUUUUUCAGACAAAACCAGUUUUUGUAACAAAGAAAAAUAAAGUGAGUUUGGUUAGGUAUUUGCAUCACUCUGUACCUGUGUAAUGAAAUGUUUGAUGAUAGAAUCCUGUUUCAUGAAGGCCGCUGGUUCAUCCCUGGCACUAGGAGGUACUUUGGGAGAUUGCUUGUUAAAUUACAAUCUGCUGGCUAUUGUAUUCAGAUCACUAAGUGGCUUAACAGGUGCUUCAAUUAACGCAGGAAAUUAAUUCAUAAGUAGUGUAUGUUUUUUUUCACUAGAACUUGUUUUCUUAGAUUGACAUUAAUUAUCUUUGUUAAAUUUGUGUCUUAGUUUUAAUUAAUUCCAAGAUAUUUCAAUUUGAUUUUAACAUUUAUUUUUUCUAUGAAAACAUUCUCUAAAAUAAUGCAUGGUUCUUAUGGUGCUAAUCUUACGGUUGUUUUCACCCCACCGAAAAAUAAGAAUUGUUGAAUAGCAUUUUUUUUAUUAUUUUAUUUUCAUUCGUUUUUGUUUUCUCAUCGCUUUAAAACUGAGUAAAACAAGCCGUUAAUUACCUUUAUAUUCACUGUUAAUUCUUCUAUCCGAAAUCUUCGAUAUCUAUAAAAGUUUUGUUUUUAUUAAAAGAAACCAGCAUGCAUUUGUUAUGAGAAUAUUACCCUACUUUUGAUCUCAAUAUUUGUAACUAUUUAGGAGUAUUUUGGUGUAGUGUUUCCCAAACUAUUUCCUAUGUGCCAAUGGAGAUUAUAGAUGGAAGACGAAUAUUGAUACCCUAAUAUCUGUUUGACCGCAUUGCUCAGGGUCAUUAAAUGUAAUGCGAUGACAAUAUUGAUAAUAGCACACACAUAACCGAAAUGUUUUGGGAAAAGUACAAAAAUGCAUUUUUUUUUCGAAUUGGAUAAUAUUUAAUAUUGUUUACCUGUUCUAUAUAUAAUUCUAAAUUUGUGUAAAAGGGUGCUGUGCCCUUAUGGGUAGUUUUUACCAAUUCGCUAAAUAAAAUAGCAAAUAUUUGAACACUAGCUACAGAAUUUUAAGGAAUAAUUUUUAAUUAACACGACGAUUAAAAUUUUUUAAAGACAUAUGUCGACAAUGUGUUGCUUUGUUAACUCUGAGCAAUGGGGUGUUGUUUACGGAUAUGGGUAUGUGCCGACUACACUCUUAGCUGUUAUAAAUACUUGGUAGUUUUUGUUGGAUCGUCGUGGUGGAAGGACGGCUGUGUGCUAGGCUGGGCUUAUAACAACACUGAAGCUUUGCUGCUUCUACCCGUCAACUAAUCUUUACCAGGUUAGCCCUGACAGUCCGUCAUCUUUACUAUCCCAGCAUGCAGUUGUGUAGUCUUGCACACUUUACAAAAAAAUGGCAGCCAGCUAGCAUUGUGUGGUGCGAGGUUCUUAUUUUCCUCGCCCGCCUCAAUUUGAAUAAGAAGCAAGACAAAAAACUCACCAAAGUUGUUUAUAUGAUUGUAUGCCAAAGAUGUCUUCCAGUUUCCGUGGAAAUGAGUCUAACUCAUAAAUUUGUUUAUUUAUGAAUAAAUGUGGUGACGUGUCUGGUUUUGUUUAUAAAGAAAGACGCAAUUGUUUAUAAUUUUUGUUAAGUCUAUUGUAAAUAGGUUUUUUUUUGGUUAAGGAUAUUCCUUUUCGUUCUUUUAAAAAAAUAAAUACGUAGUCAAUAAAAUAUUUUUCAAAAUAUAGUCA